UGUUGAUGUAGGAAGGCACAGGAACACCCUCAGACAGAGACCACUGGCUUGACCACUGUAGCAAAUUCUUCCCCACCCAAGCCUCCUGAGAUUAACAGUUCUUUAGCAGCCCGUAACAAAAUCGCAGAAACUACAUGCCGAACAGUGAGUUGUCUCGUUGAGAGAGGACGUGCUGAUGAACUAGUCUCGACGCCGGCCGGGCGGACAGACGGAGGGGAGGGACGGCUGCAGAGGACGUGAUGAGUAGCCCCGCGAGUGUUUUCUGGUGAAUGGAUCAGGGUGAGCCGUGAAGAUGCGUUGCCUGGCAGCCCGCGUCCACUACAAGACGCUGAUUGUGAUCUGCGCCCUGCUCACGCUCCUCACCGUCCUGCUGUGGAACAAAUGCUCCACCGAGAGGCCGCUGCGGUUCCUGCCCAGGCCCCAGCCCGCGCCCAGCCCCAAGGGCGAUGGCAGCCUCCUGCAGCAACCCCCGCAGCCCCCCGAGCCCCCUCCCGUGGUCGGGGGGGUCAAGUACGAAGAGAUCGACUGCCUCAUCAAUGACGAGACCACUAUUAAGGGCCGGCGAGAGGGUGGCGACGUGUACCUGCCCUUCAGCUGGAUGGAGAAGUACUUCGAGGUGUACGGCAAGGUGGUGCAGUACGAUGGCUACGACCGCUUCGAGUUUUCGCACAGCUACUCGAAGGUGUACUCCCAGCGUGAGCCCUACCACCCCAGCGGCGUCUUCAUGUCCUUCGAAGGCUACAACGUGGAGGUUCGGGACCGUGUCAAGUGUAUCAGUGGAGUAGAAGGAGUACCUCUGUCCACGCAGUGGGGGCCGCAGGGCUACUUCUACGCCAUCCAGAUCGCCCAGUACGGCCUGAGCCACUACAGCAAGAACCUGACGGAGCGUCCGCCACACAUGGAGGUGUACGACAUGGCGGAGGAGCGAGACAGCCGGCCUAGUGCCUGGACCGUCCCCAAGGGCUGCUCCCUCAGCCGCGUCUACGACAAGACGCGCGCGUCCUCGGUCCGGCAGUUCAGCGCACCAGAGAAUUCCGAAGGGGUCUCUCUUCCGCUGGGAAACACAAAGGACUUCAUCAUCUCCUUCGACUUGAAGUUCGUGUCCAACGGGAGUGUUUCCGUUGUCCUGGAAACCACAGAGAAGGGGCCUCCGUUUGUCAUUCACUACGUCACCACCUCGCAGCUCAUCGCCUUCAAGGACCGAGACAUCACCUACGGCAUCGGCCCCCGCACCGCCUGGACCACAGUGACCCGGGACCUUCUGACAGACCUGCGCAAGGGCAUCGGCCUGUCCAACACGAAAGCCGUCAAGGCCACCAAGACGAUGCCGCGGCGCGUGGUGAAACUGGUGCUCCACGGGCGUGGCGCCAUCGACAACGUCACCAUCUCCACCACCUCGCACAUGGCUGCCUUCUUCGCGGCCAGCGACUGGCUGGUGCGGAACCAGGACGAACGGGGCGGCUGGCCCAUCAUGGUCACGCGCAAGCUGGGCGAGGGCUUCCGGGCGCUGGAGCCCGGCUGGUACUCGGCCAUGGCACAGGGCCAGGCCAUGUCCACACUGGUGCGCGCCUACCUGCUGACCAAGGAUGACGUGUACCUGCGGGCGGCCCUGCGCGCCACGGGGCCCUACCGCAUGCCCUCGGAGCAGCACGGCGUCAAGGCCGUGUUCAUGAACAAGUACGACUGGUACGAGGAGUACCCCACUACGCCCAGCUCCUUCGUACUCAACGGCUUCAUCUACUCGCUCGUCGGCCUGUACGACCUGGCCGAGACGGCGGGCGAGAAGCUGGGCAGGGACGCCGGCCAGCUCUUCAGCAAGGGCAUGGAGUCCCUCAAGGCCAUGCUGCCACUCUACGACACGGGUUCCGGAACCAUCUAUGACCUUCGCCACUUUAUGCUGGGCUCGGCCCCCAACCUGGCCCGCUGGGACUACCACACCACGCACAUUAACCAGCUGCAGCUGCUGGGCACCAUAGACAACUCGCCCAUCUUUAGGGACUUUGUCAAGCGCUGGAAAAGCUACCUAAAGGGAGGAAGGGCCAAGCACAACUAGGGCUGCUCACCGCCACCCAGCUGGUGAGGGGUGGUCGGCGGCGCACUCACCUGCGGACAAGUCCAGUCACACCAUGCCGGUGCUGGAGACGGAACGCAGUGUCCAAAUGGUGAAAAGUGGUGUGUUGCAGGUUCCAGCCUAGAAAAGUUACUGAACUCUUUUAGUAGUGUGCAGUUUUCUUUCCUGAAACUGUAAUUGCAGUGCUCAUCUUUGCUGUGAUGGCAGUAAUGCAUAGUAAUGCAUACAAAGAAAUGUGGCUCCCAGCAGUUUGCCGUUUCCUGAUGGGGUCGUGGUGAGGAUUAUUUUAUUCUCGAGUCUAAACUAGAAAUCUUCAGGCCUGGAAUAUACAGUGAGUUAUUAACUCCUGAGAUGUCUGGGCUCUUUUUCUUUUUUCCUGAUGAAAAAGUUAAAAGUGUGAGAGAAAGAAUUGUUUAUUAUUAGAGAGCUAAAACCAAACAUAUUAACAUGAGUAAUUACGGAUAUAACCGAAGCAAAUUCUCUAUUAUGACAGAACCCCAUCAAAAAUAUCAAGAAGGAUACCUUCUUGUGUGUGUGAAAAGAUUGCCUUUUAUAUGGACAGUUAAUUUUACAGUAACUGAGAGAGGUCCCUGGUUUAAAAAAUAAAAAAAAUAAAUAUAAAUUUUGGGUGAGCCUAGUUUAGCGGUGUAUUUUGCUACAAGUGAUCUUCCUUUGUUGUGGGAAUUCCUUCCCAUUCCUUGCUGUGCAGUAGCCCUCUCCCCGAGGAGACUAGUCCCAGAUUGGAAUAGCUUUGUUAGCCCUCUCCAUAACAUGGCCCCCUGUUGAGUAUGGAGCUUCACCACAAUCACCUUGUGUCUGUUUUGAUGCUGCAGCGGCAGGGCCCGUAAUCCAGUUAGGGUUUCGGUGCGAUGUUCUCAGGUUAGCGGGAUGGUGGUUUUCUAAAAUGGUGCGUUUGCGAGGCGCUCGGGAAAAACGCCUAAAGGCUUUGGCCCGCGACCGGCUGUCAGCACACGCUCCCCCUCAAAGGUAGGAAAUUGUGGCGUUGGGAAGGGAAAAAAACUUCUUAACCUGCCCUCUUUAGUUGUCGGAGGAGGAGCUUGGAGUGUAAUCCAAGACAACAAAGGGAAAGGAUUAACACAUUUGGCCUAUACUGGCUUGGGAAUUUAGCCUAGCAUGACUGUAACGUUAGAGUUGAGGGUUCCCUUCAAUCGCCUCUUCUUUAGUCAGUGGCAGGCAGAUCUUAAAACAAGCUGAAACCUCUUCUCAUCUUUGCUUCAAGUUGAAGACUUUGCACUUUACUUGUGUGAUAGUGAUGCCUUGUAUGAAUCUCUCAACACAUUUAUCCAGUCCUGUAGUCCAAUGUUAGUGGAUUUCAUACGCAACAUUUGUUUGUUUCUCCAUUUCAGACUCCCUUGCCUUUCGACCCUUCCUAACACAGAGGAGAAUACAGUAAUAUAUAAGGGAAUAUUUUCAGAAUAAAGCAUUAGCCUAACUUUGUUCACUUCAGUUUAGUGCUGACUCUUUAGUCUAGCUUUGUUUACUUCAGUUUAGCGCUGACUCAUGAAACCUCUAGCUCUAGCUCUCUAGCCUCUAGCUGACUCUUGUUCAUCGUCAUUGGAACGAGAUGCUUUUGGCAGCUGGAACUCAGUGGCAGCCUAAUAACCCCACCCAACUCUCAAUUUUCUUUUGUCGGAUUCUCUUACUUGAGUUAGUAAGAUACCUCACCAUUUGUGUGUGUGUGUGUGUGUGUGUAUGGAUGCUUGUGUGGAUCUAUGUGGUUAAAACAACAAUACAGCCUCAGCUUAGUCGCUGGCAAAUUCAGCAAGCAAACAAACGGCUUGCUGGUGUCAUUACAGCGGCCCGGAGGAUUUUCUGGACAUCAGUGUUGGCCGAGAUGUUCCCCAGUGCCGUGCAGCCAAUGACAGCUGGUCCUUUUCCUCAUCCCUUGUUUGCGACGGCUUAACCUGUUUAAUCUCUGGGCUUUGAUGCUGCAUGUGAGUUAGCAAGGAGGUGGGCGCAGGGCUACCCCUAACACCACUACUUAAUAGGACUGGGAAUGUGGGAUUAGAGUGCAUCUCAAGAUGUGUGUUCAUCUGUUGCCGUGCGGUCAGAGGAACAGAAUAUUAAAGUCCGGCCAUGCGUGGCUUAAAGGCAGAAUAUAAUACGCUGGUUGCAGUGUUCUAUUCCAUUCACAUCGACAGUUAUGGUUUUAAGAUUCAAGCGAGCAAGUGUUUUUUUUUUUCAUCAUCUUUUUUUUAACAUCAUUCCUUUUUCAAUGUCCAUAGGAAAGAUAAGAAUAUUACAACAGAAUUAUCUUCAGUCUGGCAACUGGUUCAAGAACCACGCUUAGCCACUCUAUCAAAGAGUCUUCAGUCACCAGACUUCCCACACUUCUUUUGUGCCUGAAUAAUGCAAAGCUUUCCACUGGUCAGAAGAAUUGACCAAGAUCUUCCACUCAUUCACUCACUCACUCACUCACUCUGCAUAGUCCUGUUGAGUACUGUUACGUUUGGUCUGCUCUCUGUGAGUCGGCGGCUGGCUGUUGUCUGACGGAAGUCAGAGGGAUUCCAGAUGUGCAUUGUUUGCAUUUUGACAGUCCUGUCGGUCCUGACAAGGGCACGGCAGACUGUAAAAGCCCCUUCUGAUGGGGUCAUGUCAGUCCACCUCUGCGAUGACCACAUCCCUGGCAUGUCCAUCCGUCUGUCGUCUAGGAUGCCAAACUACUCUAAACCCUCUGAGAGUCCUACAGCAUGGGCCUCUCCACUAUCAGAGUGGCUGUGACUGCAGUGCUGAUGGGAUUGUUCUGAUACAGACCAUUUGUUGAGCUCACGACACUAGGGUUGAGGGGAGCCUGAUAGCAUUCACAUUUUUAUGAUUAUUGUCUUUUUUCCAUGACUAUUACUAUGCACAUUUGCCACACAAUGGGACUAAAAGCGCAGUAUGUCUUUUUAAAGGGAAACAAAAAACGGUUACCACAAGGGGACUGUGCAGCUUACUUUUUUUCCUUCUUUUUUUCGUUUAUACCAAAGUCUUUAAAAGCCUGGCUAUUUCAUUUCACGUGUCAUUGUUUUUGUUUAUAUGCUAAUGGUGCCAUGGAGCAUUUGUUAGCGUCCGAAGAAGUGCGAAGAAGUGCUGAAACGUUUGUGUCCCACAGAGAAGGGAACUGCCUAUCUAAAGACUUUUUAGUUUUGAGAGUUUUCGAUUUUAUGUAGAGCAUGAUGAGAGAUGAACAAUAAAUAUAUACUUUUUAAAAAUUAAAAAUCACAACUGUUUAAAGGGUUGUGUGCGACUGCACAGAUUGUGAUCGAACUGAACUGAGCUUCGAAAAACCAUUCUGGUGGCAUUAUACUUUUUUGUUUGGUGGUGGGGGGCUAAUUCUUGUACCAGGACUUCUUUUAUUAGUUUCCAUAGGGCAGGGUAGCUUUUUUCUUUUGGGGUGAGCUGUCUAUCAAAGGGAACAGCAGUUAAGCACAACAUUAGGCGGGGAUUACACUGGCCAGCAGCAAGCGGCAGGUUUCCUAUUAUUCUCUAUUGUUCGGAAAGCGGAACGGUGGCAGCGCUAACGUUGAACAAGCUGAGCAUUGAACUUGGUUCAACUUUCAAAGCGCAACGCGAGCGUAUUCAAUUGCCAGUUUAGGCAAACCAUUUGUGUUACUUAGGAACGAGAUAGAACUUAUGGUCUGAGCGUUGCGGUUACUUGCGCUUGCUGCUUGCCGCUGGCCAGUGUGAUACUCGCCUUAGUAUCUUACUCUUUUUUUUUUUUUAUUUAUUCUCAUCCAUUUUGUUUUUUAUUUCUGGACAAUGUGCAACGCCUUUCUUGGGAAGCUGCUAUUGUUGUUCACUGUGGAAUAUAGGAACGUCUAGUCAUCUUUGUCUCUCAUGUCUCAUUUUCUUUGUCCAGUAAAAUUGUGUGUGUGUGUGUGUGUGAGAGAGAGACCCCAGCCACAUGUGACGUAUGCAAUAAACCGUUUACUGGGUUGCUGUAGCAGCAGGCAUCCAGAGAGGUUGUACAAACUUUGCAAUCCAAGCACAAUGUGCACAUGUGACCAUUUUUAUGCAGGAAAAAAAAACGUGUUUAUAUAAGAGUUGAAUCUUUGUGCUUUAAAUUGCUUUUUAAGAAGUUGUAAAAUAAAGGCCUCUUUUUCCUAAA